AUGCUUGGUCAGGUUCUUUCUCCCCACGCCGAUACCUUUACGCCAAGCUGUCCAAGCUUUCCGCAACAUUCAUCAUCCUUCACUCCAGAACAGUCGACCCAUGGAGUGAACAUGAUGCAGAUGGUCACUUACCCCCAGCUUCCAAGCGCCGUGGCGCCGCUUAUUCCAUUUAUUCCUUCGCGCAGCCGCCAAGGAAUCAAUGCCGCCACGUCUUCAGAGACCUUGCGUAGCGUGGUCGAACCCAAAUUGAACCUAAACCCCAAAUACAAGGGUGAGAUUGAUUAUCGUACAGUCCAAAACGCCAGUUGCCCAUCAGCGCUUAAUUGCUCUGUUCAUGUCAAAGGCUUCUCUCCAUGGGAAUCACAACAGGAGAUGCUCUCAGUUGCUCAGCAUAUCAGGGUUGCUGCCUUGAACAGACAUGAUCCUUUCCCACCAAGGUUUCCUAUGGCUGCUGGAGACUUCACAUUCUUCGACAGAGAAUCUGCUGUUCAAUUCAUGCAAUUCGGCGUCCGUGGUAUGCUUUCUGCACAUGGAUAUCCAUUGAUGUUCAAGUGGAACAAGAACAAAGUCUGCCCUGCAUCAGCUGAGGAGUGUCGACAGAGUAGGACUCUGUUGAUCCAAGGCCCCAAGAUGGAGAUCUCGUUGGAUGAGAUCAGAAGUGUCUUAGAGUGCAAUUUAACUUUUGAUCUGGUAGAUUGCGAGGAGCAGUAUCUGGGAAAUGGCAGAACGCUGGUCCGUCUCGAAUUCAGUCAGAUCCGUGGUCAAUCCAGAGCGGCAAUGAAGUGUAUUUGGACCUAUACCCAUGUGAAGGAAAUUCCCGAUGCCUGGGUCGACUAUGCAUAA